GGCAAGGUAAUGAAUGUUGGCAUUUGCUAGAGCAGUCUUCAGACAACCGCAUGCAGGCUAAUAUGCUGGCACAUACAGAGAGUGUGGAAAAAGAAAUAUUGAAACUCCGUCAUGAAAUAGAAGACUUGGAGCAAUCCUCAAAGAUUGAUCCUGAAAUUGCAGAGCUUGAAACACAAAACAAUAAGCUCAAACAACAGAUAUCUCACCUACAACAAGCUAUUGAAAAUGAGAAGUGUAAACAGACGAUAGCUUUCCCCACAAACUCAAGCGAGAAGAAAGAAUCUAUUGUAUCAAAUUUGAACCCUGAUGUGUCCAGUGAGUGUGUAAAACAAGUUUACAGAAUGACCUCAAACAUAACAGAUAAUACUGCGGACGAGCUGCAGAAAUUAAACAUCAAGGAGCCCCGUUCCAAUAAACCAUGUGCUGACUCAAAACCUGGUAGCAAACAGAAGGGUGGGAAAAUGGCUUUGAAAUGUCCAAAAGGCAUGAGAGAUUACACCGGAGAUCAGAUGGCGGUGAGAGAGCUAGUUUUUGAAAAGAUCAAGAAAUGUUUCAAGAAACACGGUGCUGUCCAGAUUGAUACACCUGUUAUGGAGCUCAAAGAGAUUCUAACAGGCAAGUAUGGAGAAGACAGCAAGCUAAUAUACGAACUUGAAGACCAGGGAGGGGAAAUACUGGCUCUAAGAUACGAUCUUACUGUGCCCUUUGCUAGAUUUGUUGCGAUGAAAAAGAUAAAGAACAUCAAAAGAUACCAGAUAGCUAGAGUAUACAGAAGAGAUAACCCCGCCAUGACUAAGGGAAGAUACCGUGAAUUUUAUCAGUGCGAUAUAGACUUCGCCGGAGAGUAUGAACCAAUGAUUACCGACUCAGAAUGCGUUAAACUAGUGUGCGAUAUCCUCAAUGAAUUGGACAUGAAAAACUUCACUGUCAAGGUGAAUCACCGGAAGAUUCUGGACGGUAUCUUUGAGUACUGUGGGGUUCCACAAGAGGAUUUUAGACCUAUCUGCAGUGCUGUCGAUAAACUUGACAAAGAGUCCUGGGAAGACGUCAAAAAGGAAAUGGUAGAAGUAAAAGGUCUAGAUUCAGCCAUAGCCGACAAAAUCGGUGUUCUUGUACAGAAAAAGGGCCAGUUCGAUCUGAUUGAAGAACUUGAGAAAUCAGAUUUGGGCGCAAACAAAAAUGCAGCUGCCGGUUUGUCCGACAUGAGACUUCUUCUAGAAUACUGCCAACUAUUCGGAUGUCUGGAUCACGUAUCCUUUGAUCUGAGUUUGGCUAGAGGACUUGACUACUACACUGGCACCAUCUUCGAAGCUAUUCUGGCUCCAGAGGGGAGAGGAGAGGGUGUUGGCUCGGUUGCAGGGGGUGGACGGUACGAUGAGCUGGUUGGCAUGUUCGCUCCCAAGGGACGCAGUAUUCCCUGUGUGGGUGUCAGUAUUGGAAUUGAGCGGCUCUUCUCUAUCAUGGAGAAGAAGGAUGCACAAUGCAGGACCAGCUCAAUUCAGGUUUUAGUAGCAUCAGGACAGAAAGGCAUGAUGCGGGAACGGAUGAAGCUACUAAACAUGUUGUGGGAGAACGAUGUUAACGCUGAGAUGCUUUACAAGGCUAACCCUAAACUUCUUACACAGUUCCAAUAUGCUGAGACUGAAAGAAUACCGCUGGUCGCUAUUAUCGGAGAGUCCGAACUGGAGGAAGGGAAAGUGAAGCUCCGUCACACUGUCUCUAAAGAAGAGAAGCUGGUGGACAGGAACUGUUUUGUGGAGGAGGCUAGGAGUCUGUUAUUAGGUUAUCAGGAAUGAUUUCCGUCUAGCUAAGGGUUUUAGUGAUUUAUUUUUAGGGUAUUUAAUGAUAGGAGAUAAUGUCUUGUUAUGCCUUAAGCUUGUUGGUUUGACCUGUUUUACUAUUUUUCAAAUGUUGAAUUUGUUGAAAGUUUUUUUUCUUUCUCAAAUAAUGAGGCUUGACACAUCUUGGAAUUGGGAACCGGACACGAGGGUGGAGAGCACAAAGGCGGUAGACACAAUAGUGGAGGGCACGAGGGCGUAGGACACAAGGUCGGUACUUUCUUAAAAGGGUGGACACGAGGGCGUAUCACAUGAAUCACUUUAACAUGGACAAAUGGGUUUUUUGAUGUUCUCAACAGUCUGGUUGAGGUAAAGCUUAGCUCGAAGAAUUGGGUCUACUCACGUGUAAAUUUGAAACAAAACAUAGUGAUGUGACAAAUAAUCACCCAGAUUUAAACGAGCCAAAAAUUGAGAGAUUUUUCUUAAAUAUCUCAGCCAACUCAGCAGAUUUUGGGGUUUGAAAACGUGCUAAGUAGACCAAUCAAACACUGCCUAGAUGUUCAUGUGACAAACUUGGCCUUCAAAAUAUCGCAGUGGCUGACGCUACGGUUACCCGGGUUUAGAUCAGGGGUAGUACGUACCAAAACGGGUAUUUACUUUGGGUAGACGAAUUUCACUGAGGUGUGUUCACUCAAUUUCAAACCAUCAAUCCUCUCAGUUAAAACGACCAUCAUUCAGGACGGUUUUUGUUCCGCCUUCGUGUCUUACUAAAAUGAAUCAUGUGAUUUGCCCUUGUAAUUGUGUCCACCCUUUUAGGAAAGUAACGCCCUUGUGUCCUACGCUCUCGUGUCCUCCGCUCUUGCGCCCACCGCCCUUGUGUCCUACGCUCUCGUGUCCUAUACCCCUUGGAAUUCUCAUUACUUCAUAGCUCCUUGCUCUGAUCACCAUUGGUUAAAUCUUUUUGUAAUUUUAUGUCACCUUUUAUGUAGGAGGAGAAUCUUUUAACAGAUAAACUUAAUUAAUUGUCAUUAGGUCAAUUCGGUAUAUUGGGAUUGAUAUAGGUCUUUUGCGAUCAAGCCAAGAUUUUAUCAGAUUCUUAGCAACCAAUUCAUCACUGGUUGAUGCUCGAAUUGGUCGCGGAAUCGCUUUGUAAAGUUUUAUAUAUUUGAGAAUUGUUUUAGGUAUAAUUAUAAACCGAGAUAAAUAA